UGCGGGUUUUACGCGCCGGAAAGAUGCGUCCCAACCGCGGCUUCAUCCUGCUCCUCCUCAACGGAACCGCUUGUUUGGUGGCCUUGAGUCAAGAAGAUGACUCCUCCAGCCCCAAGAGCUCUUCAGACGACUCCUCCAAGACGGUGGGCCUCCUGAGCGGGCAGGCUCCCCUCUCGCCCCUGAGCCGCUGGAUGCUUCACAGUAAGAGCAGAGCUGCUAAUGACACCUCUCUGGAUCUGCCCUACCGCUCCUCGGUCCCUUUCUCCAAGCAGGAAUUUUCUAAACAGGAGUUCUGGGAGAUGUUGGGCAGCGACCUGCUCAAGCCUGACGCCUCCAGCUCCAGGGUCAAACGCCGGCCCAUUGUUAAGACUGGCAAGUUCAAGAAGAUGUUUGGCUGGGGAGACUUCUAUUCCAAUAUCAAGACGGUGAGGCUUAACCUGCUGAUCACCGGCAAGAUUGUGGAUCAUGGUAAUGGCACGUUCAGCGUCUACUUCCGUCACAACUCCACAGGACAGGGCAACAUCUCAGUCAGCCUGGUGCCACCUGUUAAGGCGGUGGAGUUUGACCUGGAGCGCCAGAGUGUGGUCUACCCCAAGGACUCCAAGAUCUUCAACUGCCGCGUGGACUAUGAGAAGGUGGAUCGCAGCAAGCGCACCUCACUGUGCAACUACGACCCGUCCAAGACCUGCUUCCAGGAGCAGAUCCAGAGCCACGUGUCCUGGAUUUGCUCCAAGCCUUUCAAGGUCAUCUGUAUCUACAUAUCCUUCUACAGUACGGACUACCGCCUGGUGCAGAAGGUUUGCCCGGACUACAACUACCAUAACGAGAUGCCCUACCUGCCCUCAGGCUAGACGACUUGUAGGGGAGAGGAGAGGUGGGAGGGGAGAGGAUAAAGGGGGGCAUCCAGAGAGAAGUUGGAUACUCA